GUGCGGGUCGGGGCGGAGCCAAGGACGCGGGUGGCCGUGGUCAGAUCGCCGCGGCCGAGGAGCCGACGACUCUGACGCGGACUGGACCGGGUGAGCCGCGGCCAAGGCUGACCAGCGAGGACUGGCGAAGGGGCACGGCGAGCUUCACCGGGAGGCCACUCCGCCCUCGGCCGCAGUCACUGACGGCCGGGCGGACCAUGGCGUCCUCGGCUCGCCUGGUCACCAUCAAGCGGAGCGGCGACGACGGCGCGCACUUCCCGCUGAGCCUCAGCUCCUGCCUGUUCGGAAGGAGUAUUGAAUGUGACAUUCGUAUCCAACUGCCUGUAGUGUCCAAAAAACAUUGCAAAAUUGAAGUCAAUGGGCAAGAGGCAAUAUUGUAUAAUUUCAGUUCCACAAAUCCAACGCAAGUGAAUGGGGCUACUAUAGAUGAGCCUGUGCAGCUGAAACAUGGAGAUAUAAUAACAAUCAUUGACCGGUCUUUUAGGUAUGAAAAUGGAAAUCAUGAGGAUGGAAGCAGCUCAACGGGAUUUCCAGGAAAAUCACCUGGACAAGUGAGGGGAAAUACUCAGGAACCAGCACGGCGAGCUUCGAGAGCUAGCUUCUCUGUUGACCCUGAUGGGAAAGGUCAAGAUGCCAAAGCUUCGAAAACCACUGCUUCAAGAAGAUCUUUGGUACACACCAAGAGGCUCUCUGGAGACAGUUCAGUCUCAGAUGGCUCAAAGGACAGUGUUACCCAAGAUCCAUCCAAUACCUGUUCUUCAGGGCAUGUAGAACAGCACAGUGGCAGAAGCACAGGAGAGCCCACAUCGGGUGGUCUCUUUAAGAAGUCCGGGGCUACAGGGAGUAGUUACAGGGAACUGAAGUCUUCUCCUGCACAGAGCCUUAGCAACAGCAAGAAAAAUGACUCUCCCUUUGAGAAACUUUAUCAGUCGAUGAAGGAAGAGUUGGAUAUAAAAUCACAGAAACAGUCUCAUAGAAAGUCAGAACCACAUCGUGAAUGUGUAGCAGGCAAAGAUACAUGGGAAACAAAGCUAUUGGUGUCAUGCAAGUCAAGACCAAAAUCCAGUGGAAGCACACCUGGGACUGCAGCCUCUUCACCCAAAGGAGACAAGAUCGGGGCUGAGACACAGAGCAAUGGUGUGCGGCCUGUUGAGACUUCUGCAGAGGCUCUGAACCCCAGCUUUCCUCUCUCUGAGACAGCUAAGAUGAAGACCCCUGUGCGAAAUUCACAGCUGCUUAAGAACGAAGACUUGCAUGUUACUGGCAGGAGAGAGUCUGUGAAUCUGGGUGAAAGUGAAGGUGCCAAGGCAGGUCAUAGGAUAGUCACUCCUAGGAAGAUGGGAUCUAGAAAUCAAACUUCAGUGAAAGUUGAAGAUGCUGCCAGCCCUGCUGAUACACCAGAAAAUCUCUCUUCCAAAAAGAGGAGGAGUAUUCCUGCAAAGGUAGAAGUGCUGUCUGCUGAAACACAAAACCGGUUCUCUUCAACUCAGCACCUUGCUCCAAGUGAAAAGAAAACUCCGAAGGAUUCCUUCAGCAAGCCUGAGAAAUUGGCCACUGCAGCUGAGCAGAUUUGCUCUGGGCUACCUGGUCUUAGUUCUGUUGAUAUCAGCAACUUUGGUGACUCCAUUAACAAGUGUGAGGGAAUGUCUGUGAAGAGAAGACGUGUAUCGUUUGGUGGUCGUCUAAGACCUGAAUUAUUUGAUGAGAACUUGCCUCCUAAUACACCACUCAAAAGAGGAGAAACACCGACCAGGAGGAAGUCACUUGCCACUCACACUCCAGCUGUCCUGAAGAAAAUCAUCAAGGAACGGCCUCAGUCACCAGGUAAACAAGAGUCUCCUGGAAUAUCUCCACCAAAGGCAAAUGAUCUAAGACGCAGAUCAGGCAGGAGCUCUCCUGCUUCCAGUGACAGCAAAUCCUUACAUCAGACAGACACUCCCAAGAAAGCAGUCAGGAAGAGUGGCAACCUGCCUGCCAAGAGAGCAUCCAUCAGCCGAAGUCAGCAUGACAUUUUACAGAUGAUUUGCUCCAAAAGAAGGAGUGGUGCUUCUGAAGCCAACCUGAUUGUUGCAAAAUCAUGGGCAGAUGUCGUAAAACUCGGCACAAAACAAACACAGACAAAAGUUGUAAAACAUGUUCCUCAAAAGCAGACGAGCAAAAGACAAAGACGACCCACUACUCCAAAGAAACCUACAAGCAACCUUCACAAUCAAUUUAGCACAGGCCAUGCAAACUCUCCCUGUACCAUUGUAGUAGGGAGAGCUCAGAUUGAAAAAGUAAGCAUGCCUGCUCGGCCCUACAAAAUGCUGAACAACUUGAUGUUAAACCGAAAAAUGGACUUCAAUGAAGAUCUGUCAGGACUAACUGAAAUGUUCAAGACUCCAGUGAAAGAGAAGCAGCAGCAGAUGAAUGACGUGGGCUCCAUUCUUUCCAAUUCAGAGAAUUUACCUGAAAAACAGUUUCAAGUCACUAAUUCAGGAGACAAACCUCUGCCUAUCACCUCAGAGACUUUAGGAGAAAAUGUGCUAUCCAGUACUCGGGAUGCAGCAAAGGAGCCAUCUGAUAAAUAUUCUGCAAGUCCUAUCUUAAGACGGAGGAGCAUCAAAAGUGAAAACACAGUGCAAACUCCUAAGAAUGUCCCUAACAUUACUCAACUUGAAAAGAAGACUUCGGGCUCUGUGACAGAGCCUCUGAAGACAGUAUCCAGUGUGAGCAAGUUAAGAAGGUCUAGAGAGCUCAGACAUACACUUGUAGAAAGUAUACAUGAAAACACAGAAGCAGACCUUGCCGAGGGCAUCAAAGGCAGACACUUAAGGAAGACAUCACUGCAAGGACAAGAAGUGGACCGACAGGUGCAGAACAGUGAAAACUCUUCACAAAGAUUCAAGGAAAAUGUUGAAUUAAAAGAAGAUCCAGAAAAAACAUCAGCUAUGAGAUCAAGUGCCAGGGAGCAGAAGCCAACAAAAGACAUAAUAAGAAGUCAGAUGAUCACCCAAACAGCAGCCUGUGCUGAGGAACUACUUAAUCAAGAAAAAGGAACCACAGAAGAACCAGAGGAAUCCAUGCACAUGCAAAACACACCAAUAUGUGAUGAUCAAAGAGCUAAAAAGCAGAAAGUGGAGCUAGUAUAUGCAGCCAAAGUGAAGCGGUGGUCAAGGACUCCUGAUAAAAAGACCCAACCUCUAGAAGGCCCAGCUAGUCUCAAGGAGCCCUUCGAGACACCAAACUGCAGAGACAAACCGAUAGGUGAUGAUAAAACCAAAGUCCUUUGCAAAUCCCCACAACCUACAACAGAGAAGACCAAAACAAGCACAAAAACACGGCCCAGCACAUCUGGGAAGAAAGUAGACAUGAAAGAAGAAGAACAGUCUUCACUAAAGACGUUUAUACAUAUGUCAGGAGGAACCAGGCAUACUUCCAAAGUUCCAGAACUUGAGCAUGGGACCAUCAAAGCUUUAAAGGAACCUGAAAAUCAAAUGCUGGAUGUAACUGUAUCUAGUACCAAGAGGCCAGUAGGAAAAGCUAAGGGAAAGGCUCAGAGCCUGGAAGACCUGACUGGUUUCCAGGAACUCUUUCUAUCACCAGUCCCUGGUGACAAAAUCACAAAAAUGCCCAACAAAUCUCCAUUUCCAGAACUGGUCGGAAACCCAGCAAGCAAAAGGAAACUGUCCAAGACAGGUCUUGAUAAGGUGGGUGUGAGAGAAGAGCCUUUCACACUUGAGAAACGAACAAAGUCUCCAGGCAGAGCCACACGCACACCCACAGCACCAGUGCUGGAAGAGAGCGAUACCACAGCCCUUAUGGAAACUCCAAAGCAGAAACUGGAUUUCACAGAGAAUUCAGGGAGUAAGAGAAGGUCACGGACACCCAAGAUCAGGGCUCAACCCCUAGAAGACCUGGAUGGCUUCCAAGAACUCUUCCAAACUCCAGUUGGUGCCAGUGACCCAGUGACUGUUGGGGAAACUACAAAGGUGUCUUUGGAAUGUCCACAACCAGAACCAGUCAGAACCCCAGCAAGCACAAAGAGACUGUCCAAGACAGGUCUUGAUAAGGUGGGUGUGAGAGAAGAGCCUUUCACACUUGGGAAACGAACAAAGUCUCCAGGCAGAGCCACACGCACACCCACAGCACCAGUGCUGGAAGAGAGCGAUACCACAGCCCUUAUGGAAACUCCAAAGCAGAAACUGGUUUUCACAGAGAAUUCAACAGGACAUAAGAGAAGGUCACAGACACCUAAAAUCAGGAUUCAACCCCUUGAAGACCUAGAUGACUUCCAAGAACUCUUCCAAACUCCAGUUGGUGCCAGUGACCCAAUGACUGUUGGGGAAACUACAAAGGUAUCUUUGGAAUGUCCACAACCAGAACCAGUCAGUACCCCAGCAAGCACAAAGAGACUGUCCAAGACAAGUCUCAGGAAAGUGGAUUUGAGAGAAGAGCCUUUAACACUUGGGAAACGAACAAAGUCACCAGGCAGAGCCACACGCACACCCACAGCACCAGUGCUGGAAGAGAGCGACACCACAGCCCUUAUGGAAACUCCAAAGCAGAAACUGGAUUUCACAGAGAAUUCAGGGAGUAAGAGAAGGUCACGGACACCCAAGAUCAGGGCUCAACCCCUAGAAGACCUGGAUGGCUUCCAAGAACUCUUCCAAACUCCAGUUGGUGCCAGUGACCCAGUGACUGUUGGGGAAACUACAAAGGUGUCUUUGGAAUGUCCACAACCAGAACCAGUCAGAACCCCAACAAGCACAAAGAGACUGUCCAAGACAGGUCUUGAUAAGGUGGGUGUGAGAGAAGAGCCUUUCACACUUGGGAAACGAACAAAGUCUCCAGGCAGAGCCACACGCACACCCACAGCACCAGUGCUGGAAGAGAGCGAUACCACAGCCCUUAUGGAAACUCCAAAGCAGAAACUGGUUUUCACAGAGAAUUCAACAGGACAUAAGAGAAGGUCACAGACACCUAAAAUCAGGAUUCAACCCCUUGAAGACCUAGAUGACUUCCAAGAACUCUUCCAAACUCCAGUUGGUGCCAGUGACCCAAUGACUGUUGGGGAAACUACAAAGGUAUCUUUGGAAUGUCCACAACCAGAACCAGUCAGUACCCCAGCAAGCACAAAGAGACUGUCCAAGACAGGUCUCAGGAAAGUGGAUUUGAGAGAAGAGCCUUUAACACUUGGGAAACGAACAAAGUCACCAGGCAGAGCCACACGCACACCCACAGCACCAGUGCUGGAAGAGAGCGACACCACAGCCCUUAUGGAAACUCCAAAGCAGAAACUGGAUUUCACAGAGAAUUCAGGGAGUAAGAGAAGGUCACGGACACCCAAGAUCAGGGCUCAACCCCUAGAAGACCUGGAUGGCUUCCAAGAACUCUUCCAAACUCCAGUUGGUGCCAGUGACCCAGUGACUAUUGGGGAAACUACAAAGGUAUCUUUGGAAUCUCUACAUUCAGAACCGGUCAGAACCCCAGCAAGCACAAAGAGACUGUCCAAGACAGGUCUCAGGAAAGUGGAUGUGAGGGAAGAGCCUUCCACACUUGGGAAACGAACGAAGUCACCAGGCAGAGCCUCACGCACACCCACAGCACCAGUACAGCAGGAAAAAGGGAUAAAAGCAAUGAUGGAAACUUCAAAUCAGAAUCUGGAGCCUGUAGGAAAUUUAACUGGGCCUAAGAAACAGCUUAGAACACCUAAGGAAGAAGGCCAAUCUCUAGAAGACCUAACUGAUUGCCAGGAGCUCUUCCAAACACCAGACCAUGGCAAUGGCCCGUUGGUUGUUGGGAAAACCAAAAAAAUGUCCUUUAAUUAUCCACCACCAGAACCUGUCAUAACCCUAAAAAGCAUAAAGAGACAGUCCAGGGCAAGUAUCAGUAAAACAGAAGUGAAAGAAGAACUUUCAGAGUCAGAGAAACACCUGCAAAUAGAAAAAGCCAUAGACACACUCCAGGUACCCGAUGGUAACACUGUUGUUAGAACAUCGAAGCAAUCUGCAAAGCGGAAACUGGAUCCAGCAGCUAGUGUGCCUAGCAGCAAGAGGCUGCGACGUGCAUCUAAGGAUAAGACACCAUGCCUGGAAGACCUCAGUGGCUUCCAACAGCUCUUCCAAACACCAGGCCAUACUAAAGACUCACUCCCUGUUGGUGAAACCUUAAAAAUGCCCAGCAAACCUCCACAUUCAGGACCAGUUCGAAGCCAAACUAGUAGGAAGAGUGUGGCCAAGAUAAGUCUCAGGAAAAUGGAUAUGACAGAACUUUCAGCACUCUGGAAGCAGUCAUUAGGCAAAGCCCCCACAGCACCAGUGCAGCAGGAUACUGGGAUACAAGCAAUUAUGAAGAAGACUCCAAAGGAUAGACUAGAGAGUGCAGCAGAUGUAACUGGGCUUACAGGACAGCGAAGAGCACCUAAGGAAAAAGCCCUACCCCUGGGAGACCUUAGUGGCUUCCAAGAAGUCUUCCAAACACCAGGCCACAGCACUGAUCCAUUAAUUGAUAACAAAAUAACAAGUGUACCCUUGAAAUCUCCACAACCAGGACUUAUUAGAACCCCACAAACCUCAAAGAGACUAGCCAAGACAAGUCUUGGGAAAGGGGGUGUGAGAGAAGAGAUCUCCUCACUGAAUGUGCCGGGGCGAGCUACAGGGGAGAUUGUGCACGUACCCAGACUUCCAGAAGAUGAUGGCAGAGGGAACAAGGAUCUGAAGGAAUCCAGAACUCAGACACAGGGCCCAUCCGUAAGUGUAACUGGCAGCAAAAAGCAGCGAGGGGCACAUAAGGAAAGGUCUCAGUCCCCAGAAGACUUAUCUGGUCUCCAGGAGCUCUUCCAAACACCAGCUAGUCACAAAGACUCAAUGACUGUUCGUGAAACUAUGAAAAUGUCUUUGGAGUCUUCAGAACCAGAACAUAUCAGAACCCCAGCAAACAAAAGGAGACUGUCCAAGACAGGUCUUGAUACGGUGGGUGUGAGAGAAGAGCCUUCCACACUUGGGAAACGAACAAAGUCUCCAGGCAGAGCCACACGCACACCCACAGCACCAGUGCUGGAAGAGAGCGACACCACAGCCCUUAUGGAAACUCCAAAGCAGAAACUGGAUUUCACAGAGAAUUCAGGGAGUAAGAGAAGGUCACGGACACCCAAGAUCAGGGCUCAACCCCUAGAAGACCUGGAUGGCUUCCAAGAACUCUUCCAAACUCCAGUUGGUGCCAGUGACCCAGUGACUGUUGGGGAAACUACAAAGGUAUCUUUGGAAUGUCCACAACCAGAACCAGUCAGAACCCCAGCAAGCACAAAGAGACUGUCCAAGACAGGUCUUGAUAAGGUGGGUGUGAGAGAAGAGCCUUUCACACUUGGGAAACGAACAAAGUCUCCAGGCAGAGCCACACGCACACCCACAGCACCAGUGCUGGAAGAGAGCGACACCACAGCCCUUAUGGAAACUCCAAAGCAGAAACUGGAUUUCACAGAGAAUUCAGGGAGUAAGAGAAGGUCACGGACACCCAAGAUCAGGGCUCAACCCCUAGAAGACCUGGAUGGCUUCCAAGAACUCUUCCAAACUCCAGUUGGUGCCAGUGACCCAGUGACUAUUGGGGAAACUACAAAGGUAUCUUUAGAAUGUCCACAACCAGAACCAGUCAGAACCCCAGCAAGCACAAAGAGACUGUCCAAGACAGGUCUUGAUACGGUGGGUGUGAGAGAAGAGCCUUCCACACUUGGGAAACGAACAAAGUCUCCAGGCAGAGCCACACACACACCCACAGCACCAGUGCUGGAAGAGAGCGAUACCACAGCCCUUAUGGAAACUCCAAAGCAGAAACUGGAUUUCACAGAGAAUUCAGGGAGUAAGAGAAGGUCACGGACACCCAAGAUCAGGGCUCAACCCCUAGAAGACCUGGAUGGCUUCCAAGAACUCUUCCAAACUCCAGUUGGUGUCAGUGACCCAGUGACUGUUGGGGAAACUACAAAGGUAUCUUUGGAAUGUCCACAACCAGAAUCAAUCAGAACCCCAGUAAGCACAAAGAGACUGUCCAAGACAGGUCUUGAUAAGGUGGGUGUGAGAGAAAAGCUUUCUCCACUGAAUAAGCCAAGAUGUUCAUCACAGAAAGUCAUGCAUGAACCCAGACUUUCAGAACAUGAUGGCAGAGGAACCAUAGAUUUGAAGCAAUCUGUGACUCAGACAUUGGACCCAGCAGUAAGUGUAACUCGCACUAAGAGGCAGCGAGGGGCAUGUAAGAAAAGGUCCCAAUCCCCAGAAGACCUAUUUCGUCUCCAGGAGCUCUUCCAAACACCAGGACAUGAUAAGGAUUCAGUGGCAGGUGAUAAGCUCACAAAAAUGCCCCACAGGUUACCAUCACCAGAGCCAGUAGACACUUCAGUAACCUCACAGAGACAGCCCAGAACUAGACUGAUGAAAGCUCGUGUGAAAAGUGAACAAUCAGGAGACAGAAUGCUUCCACAAAUGUCAGGGGAAAUCAUGGACAUAUCUAGAGUAGCAGAAGGUGAAGAUAAAGGCAUUAGAACAAGGAAGCAAGCUGUAAAGCGGAAAUUGGACACAGCAGUCAGUGUACCCAGCAGCAAGAGGCAACGAAUUGCACAGGCAGAAAAGGCACAGGCCCUAGAGGAUCUGCCUAGCUUCCAAGAGCUCUACCAGCCUCCAAGUUCAGCAGUGGACUCAGUGACUGUUGACAAAGCCACAAAGAUGUCCAGCAAAUCUCCAGAGCCCAUGGACACAACUUCAAAGACACAGCCAGGAAGAAGACUCAGGAGAGUGGGUGUGACCAAAGAGCCUGUAGCACAAAGAAAGUCUACAAGAGUGUUACGGGAAACUAGAAACACACACCAAGAGCCUGUGGGUGACAGAAUAGGUGACAAAGAGUUUAAGGAAUCUUCAAUGCAGAAACAAGACCCAGCUGGAAGCUUAACUGGCAAGAGAAGCCAACCAAGGACACACAAGGAGAAGACCCAACCCUUAGAGGAGCUGCCCAGCAUCCAAGAGGAAACAGCUACAAGAAUGUCUUGUGAAUCUCCACAACCAGAAGAAAAGGAAACCUCAGCAGCCUCAAAGAGGCAGCUCAGAAUACGACUGUGCAAAGUAGGUGUGAAAGAAGAGCCCAUAGCACAGAGAAAGCCACCAGGCAGGGAAACCAGGAGCACACUCAAAGAGCCCAUGAGUGAUAGUGGAAAUGUUGAAGAGCUUAAGGAGUCUACAAAGCGGAAGACUGACCCAGCAGCAAGUGUGCCUGUCAGCAAGAGGUCACGGAGGGUACCCAGGGAAAAGGCACAACCCCUAGAACUGGCUGGUCCUAAAACACCAGUCAAAAUCCCAGGUCCCACUGAGGAAUCAGCAAGUGAUAAAAGACUCCCACAGAUGCCCUCUACUGCUCUACAACCAGAGCAAGUAGACAGCCUCCAGACCUCACCAAGACGUCCCAGGACAAGACGAGGGAAAGUAGAGGUGGAUGAAGAGCCUUCAGUAGUGAGGAAGACAGUGCCAAAAUCAAGGCAAACUACACGAUCCUGCAAGGUCCCUGAAAUUGAUGACAAAGACACCCAAGCUUCAAAGGAGCCUGUAAAGCAGAAAUUAGAAACAGUUGCCAAUGUAACUGGCAGCAGGAGGCAGCUAAGGGCGCCUAAGGGCAGGGUCCAACCUCUUGAAGUCUUGGGUGACUCCAAAGAAAUAACUGAAAUAUCAGAGCACACUGAGGAACUAAGACCUGACACCAGUAAGAGCACUCUACAGCAAAUGCCAGACUCCAUAAAACCUCUGAGAACAUGCAGGAGAGUGCUAAGGGCCUCUAAAGAGGACACUGUGGAAACCAUGAAAAUGUUGGUGGAUACCAGAGACCCUGAAGAAUCACAAAGCAAAAGCAACACUCUCCUGCCCCCCAAGAGAAAGUCUGCAAGAGAUGGAAGUGUUUCAAGAACCAGGGGGCUGCGCUCUGUGACUCCAAAGCAGGAAGCAACAGAUGAGAAACCUGUAGCUAAGACACAGAGGACUGCUCCCAGCAAGAGGCAAGUGUCACCUGAGCCCGUGAAGAUGAAACACCUGAGAAUCAUGUCAAGCAAAAUUGAACCAGUGGAAGAGGAGAUUAGCAACAUCAUGAAAACAGAAGAAAAGGAAGCCCCUCCAGAUCAGAAAAUGGCUCUGCCCUCCAGAAACCGAAAGAAAACCAAUGGAAAACAACCAAGACCUGAGGUUAGUGCAUCUGCAGAGACGGUUGGGAUCAAGAAAAAUGAGAAGACCAUGGAGACCUCCCAGGAGACAGAGCUGCAGAGCACAGAUGAUGGAGCCAAGAAGUCUACUGCUAGGGACAAAGUCAGUGGGAAAAGAACGUGCUUGAGGUCUAGAGGUCAGAGGGAGCUUCCCCAGACUCAUGCAGCAGAGGAGAAACCAAGUGAGACGGAGGCAGAGAUCUUGAUAAAGACUCAGAAAAAGAAAGGAGUCUCUGGAGAUUCAGAUGUCAGAUGUUUGAGAUCCAGAAAAACUGGAGCCACUUCGGACACUGAACCUAAGCCAAGAGUAACUCGGGGCACUAAGAAAGAUACAGAAGUUCCAAAGAAGGAUGAAGACAUUGUGUACACCAAGAAAUUAAGGACAAGAAGUCACCAGAAUAGUAAAAAUAUGUAGGGUAGACAUUUAAGAAGGAAACGUAAAUUUAGCUUAGUGAUAAUUUCCAGUGUGAUUUUUAUCUCCAGUGUAAAGGUAAACUGUAAAUAAUACUGCCCAUGUUUAAGGAAGGAAGCUUUGAGCUUUCGUGGUUAUACUCUCUUCAAACUCCAAUGGAGAUCAUGAGGGGGGUCACUAGCAAUCUCAGAGCAAUAACAAUUUAAAAGUUUGGGGGUGGGCAGGCAGAAGUGUGGCCCUCUGUCCUGUACA